ACAAGGUAUUUGAUAGGAUUAAAUAUAAUUUUUCAAUCACAACUAGAAGGUUUGGCCAUGUUCUGUUUAUGGAUAAAUGUUCUGUACAUGCCUUAGGCCUAAUAACAUAAUAUCCAAAUGCUUUCUGCUUUUUGGGUGGACAAGUCCGGGCUUCAAAUCAAGUUCAAAUCAUAUGUGCUCAGAGUCAGACACAACAACAGCUUAUGUAAACAAGAUGCAUCACAUACUUUGCAUCCUUGAACACAAGAGACCAUGAGGAAAGUUGCUCUGUUUCUGCUACUGACUGGGCUGUUCGCCAGUGGACAAAACUGGCAUAACAACUAUGAUCAGCCUCUAAACUUUCAAUGCCCUCCAGGCGAGUCUAUAUCUGCCAUCAGCAGCUAUCACAACAAUUAUCAUGAGGACCGACGUUGGAAAUUUAGCUGUAAACCCACCUUCAGCUGGGGUACAGACUGUUUCUUGUCACCUUACGUCAAUGACUUUGACAAAACAUUCAGCUUCGAGUGUCCACCGCACCAUGUGAUCGCAGGAAUAAGCAGUUACCAUGACAACUACCAUGAGGACAGACGGUGGCAGUUUUCCUGCUGUAGAAGUAAAUGCACUUCUGAGGUCAGGGGUCAUUGUCAUUCUGACUGUCAUUGGACGUCAUACGUGAACUCCUUUGAUGAGUACUUCUUCUGGACUGUGCCUACCCAGAGAGUUCUGGUGGGCAUCGGAAGCUACCAUGAUGAUAUUCAUGAAGAUCGACGAUGGAGGUACAAGUACUGUCUCCAACGAUCAUGUUGAUACCAGGACUCAAUAUUCUCUCACAGUUCAGUGAAGCUCACAUUUAAAAAGUAGAAACAGGAUUGUGUUUGAGUGUUUGCAUGCUUCAAUGGGCUAAAAUGAUUGGACUGGAUUACUGGUUUUACAUUUUCAAAUAUGAUUGUUGAUUAGCUCACAUGCAGCUGUACUGAUAGCUGCCUAAUUAAUCUUUAUAAAAAAUCCUAAAUGUGCUAAAAUUUGACAAUGUACUGAUAUUUAAAUCCAUUCAACAAUUUUCAGCACAAUCAUGGUUAAAAAGGUGCACAGAUAUCCCAAUCUCGUGGUAAUUCAUUACUAUUUUAUGCUUACUUUAAUCUAAAAAUUGUACAUUAAGUAGUAACUUAAUAAGUCAUUCAGUAAUCUAAUCAAAGACAGAUUGCCCAUUGUAUAGAAUACAAAUCUGUUGUUGAAUCUAUUCUGGUUCUUUGACUCAUCUACUCAUCUAAUGUAGCAAAUGUAAUGCGAUCAGAACAUACCUGAUGAAACUGUUUCUCCCGGUUUAUCCAGAGAACUCGCACUGAUGGAAGACUGACGGGAGAGAGCAUUAACUGCUUUGUGUUCUGAAAGUUUUCAAUAAGACAUAUAUUUAACACAAGAACAAAAAAAAUACUCAAGCAUUUUUACAAUACAAAAAUAAUUUAAGUUUACUAAUAUGUGUUCAGCCUUAUGUUAACACAUAAAUUAACUCAUGAAAGAGAAAUUAACUGAGUGUUUCAAUAAAGCUAUUACAUGUAAAAA